CCAUUCCAGCCUGUUCGACUUAUUGUCAAUGUUGACCGCUCUUGGAGUUUACAGUGUCCAGUAUAUGAACAUAUGAUUAUCAAGUCGGGCAAACUUCAAGAAACGGCGAAUGGCGCUAUUGUCGAUCUUGCUAAGAACCUUCUUUGUUCUAAUCAAACACUUUGCCCGGGAUUUCUGGAAGACGUCGAGGCACUAGGAUAUGAGCCCAAGAAUAUCCGCAUUAUGGCUGGGCCGGUGAGAAGUAUGCAUUCAAAGAGGUGUAAAAUUUGGCAUAUUCCUCCGUGUCUGACGAAAGAAAGAUUAAAUGCCUCUGACCCUCGGUGGAAACGAGUAUGUCUCGAGUGUUUAGACGCCUCAAGGUAUGUGAAGAAUCAAGUGAAGAAGAAAAAAAACUUGGAUGAAACCACAAAAUUAAAGAGGCAAACACCAAGUAGUCACUUCCCGUGGAGAUACCUUUCUCCUGGCAGCAAAACUAAACGUGCAAGGAACAUUCGUCAACAACGAUCGAGGCUGAGCAAACACGUUCAGCGAUUUUACAAGCGAACGAAGAUUGAGUUGCCGGGUGAACAAUCUAAGGAAUUAUGUAAUCUCAUCCAAGCAAUUGAAGGUUCUGAGACAGGACAGAGAGAGCUGAAGAAAAUUACUGCAGAAGGAAAUAAGCUUGAAGGAAAAGGGGGUUUAAAGGCAGGAGACUGCAUCAGUGAAGUGUGGCAAAAAGACCGAGCGAGCUUCUUCAAGGACCAACAAAGCAACGGUAUGGAUUCAACAGAGUUGUUUUAA